CGGUACUCUUCUCUGCACUUCCGUUGAGCUUCGCGUCCUCGUUUGUCGCAUGUGGCUACCCGUCCGCGUACGAAUCCAGCCCGGGAACCAAGAGUCGUAGAGCGCGAUCCGUGCUGUUGCCAAUCAGGAGCUUGCCGACUCCAGGCUCCUCAGGACUGGCAAGAUGUGCUCUCUGGGGUUGUUUCCCCCUCCGCCGCCUAGGGGUCAAGUCACCCUAUAUGAGCACAAUAACGAGCUGGUGACAGGGAGUAGCUAUGAGAGCCCGCCUCCCGACUUCCGGGGCCAGUGGAUCAAUCUUCCUGUCCUGCACCUGGCCAAGGAUCCCCUAAAGACACCUGGGAGGCUGGAUCAUGGCACAAGAACUGCCUUCAUCCAUCACCGGGAGCAAGUGUGGAAGAGGUGCAUCAACGUUUGGCGUGAUGUAGGUCUUUUUGGGGUGCUGAAUGAAAUUGCAAACUCAGAUGAAGAGGUGUUUGAGUGGGUGAAGACAGCCUCCAGCUGGGCCCUGGCUCUAUGUCGAUGGGCCUCCUCCCUCCAUGGAUCCCUGUUCCCCCACCUGUCUCUCAGGAGCGAAGAUCUGAUUGCUGAAUUUGCCCAAGUCACAAAUUGGUCCAGCUGCUGCUUGCGGGUCUUUGCGUGGCACCCUCACACCAACAAGUUUGCGGUGGCCCUGCUGGAUGACUCCAUCCGUGUGUAUAAUGCAAGCAGCACUAUAGUCCCUUCCCUGAAGCACCGGCUACAGCGAAAUGUGGCAGCUCUAGCCUGGAAGCCCCUCAGUGCCUCUGUCUUGGCUGUGGCCUGCCAGAGCUGUAUUCUCAUCUGGACCCUCGACCCUACUUCCUUGUCUACUCGACCCUCUUCUGGCUGUGCCCAAGUAUUGUCUCACCCUGGGCACACACCUGUCACUAGCUUGGCCUGGGCCCCCAGUGGGGGACGGCUGCUCUCAGCUUCACCUGUGGAUGCUGCUAUCCUGGUGUGGGAUGUCUCAACAGAGAUCUGUGUCCCCCUUCCAUGGUUUCGAGGAGGUGGGGUUACCAACCUGCUCUGGUCCCCAGAUGGUAGCAAAGUCCUGGCCACCACUCCUUCAGCUGUCUUUCGAGUUUGGGAGGCGCAGAUGUGGACUUGUGAGAGAUGGCCUACUCUAUCAGGGCGCUGUCAGACUGGCUGCUGGAGUCCAGAUGGAAGUCGACUGCUGUUCACUGUAUUGGGGGAACCACUGAUUUACUCCCUGUCAUUCCCGGACCGUUGUGGUGAGGGAAAGGGGCGUGUUGGAGGUGCAAAGUCAGCAACAAUUGUGGCAGAUCUGUCUGAGACAACGAUACAGACACCAGAUGGUGAGGAGAGGCUUGGAGGAGAGGCUCACUCCAUGGUCUGGGACCCCAGUGGGGAGCGUCUGGCUGUGCUCAUGAAAGGAAACCCAAGGGUACAGGAUGGGAAACCAGUGAUCCUCCUUUUUCGCACUCGAAACAGCCCUGUGUUUGAGCUACUUCCCUGUGGCAUUAUCCAGGGGGAGCCAGGAGCCCAGGCCCAGCUCAUCACUUUCCAUCCUUCGUUCAACAAAGGGGCCCUGCUUAGUGUGUGCUGGUCCACAGGCCGAAUUGCCCACAUCCCUCUGUACUUUGUCAAUGCCCAGUUUCCACGUUUUAGCCCGGCCCUUGGCCGAACCCAGGAGCCCCCAGCUGGAGGUGGAGGCUCUAUUCAUGACCAGCCACUUUUUACUGAGUCGUCCCCAACCGCUGCCCCUUGGGAUUCUCUUCCUGGGACAUCACCUGCUCAGCCCCACUCCCCUCACCCCCAAAUUUAAUAA